CUCGCUGUCGAUCUUCUCAACCCGUCAAUCGAGUCGCAGAGAGCGCUACACAAGAAGAAGAGAUUAGUACAAUCGCCUAACUCGUAUUUCAUGGACGUCAAGUGCCCAGGUUGCUUUUCAAUCUCAAUUGUCUUUUCUCACGCGCACACCGUCGUCAACUGCGGUUCUUGCGCCACAGUCCUCUGUCAACCAUCGGGCGGCAAAGCUAGACUCACAGAGGGUUCGUUGCAUCUCUCUUGCGCUUUGUACAUCACUGACUUUGUAUGGCAGGAUGCUCCUUCCGUCGGAAGGCAUAAAAUGGACUCAGCCUCGGCGCGCUGGCUGAGCCUGUCCUCGCUCGUCCGUCAGUCUGUCUGUCCACCCCGCAGUCGCAGCUCCCUGUAG